UUGCGCGCAGCCUCCUCCUCUCCAGGUGCUGCGGUGCGGCAGCGCGCUCCUUGUCUGUAGCUGAUACACUUUCAUUUGAGGGAGACAUGCGGCUAGAUGUGCUUCACGCUUGGAAAUAAUCCAUGAGACAACCUGAGACAUUCUUCUUCUGUUUCUCCUCACCCAGUAAUCUCACGGACUAAUGUGGCUUCUACUGCUGAGCCUGGUUCUGCGGCACUGGAUCUACACCGUGGAGGGAUCAUGUUCAACUGUAAAGGCUGGGACUUGUGAUGAGUGUCUGCAGCGCAGUCCUCACUGUGCCUGGUGCACACAGGAGAAUUUCACAGACUGGGUUUCAGUCUCAGAGAGAUGUGACACACUGGAUAAUUUGCUAGAAAAAGGAUGCUCAAGGGACCAUCUCCUGUUCCCUGUUUCUGAAAGCCAAAUUCUCCUAGAACGACCCCUCGGAAAAAAGAUAGAAUAUGCAAAUAGCACUCAGAUUUCUCCACAAAAAAUUUCCCUCAAGCUACGACCAGGCAGUGAGGAGACUUUUCAGGUUAAGGUUCAACAUACAGAUGAUUAUCCUGUGGAUAUGUACUACCUGAUGGACCUAUCGGCCUCCAUGCAUGAUGAUCUUAAAAUGAUCAGAGAGUUGGGCUCCUCUCUGUCCAGAGAGAUGUCCAAACUCACCAGUAAAUUUCGAAUAGGCUUUGGCUCUUUUGUGGAAAAACCUGUUCUUCCCUUCAUCAAGAUCACUGAGAAAAGUCUGGCCAAUCCCUGCAGUGACGUCUACUCAUACUGCCUUCCAACAUUUGGCUAUAAGCACGUCUUGUCUUUGACAAGCCAAACCAGCAGCUUUAAUGACAUCGUCGCAAAGCAGAGCGUGUCUGCUAAUAUAGACAACGUGGAAUGUGGUUUUGAUGCUAUAAUGCAGGCAGCCGUUUGUGGGGACAAGAUCGGAUGGAGAAAUGAUUCCAUGCGUCUGUUGGUGUUUGUCAGUGAUGGGGACUCACACUUUGGGAUGGACAGUAAAUUGGCCGGGAUUGUGAUUCCUAAUGAUGGGCAGUGUCAUUUGGAUGAAAACAAUGAAUAUUCUAUGUCCAAAAAGCAGGAAUAUCCAUCCCUCGGGCAGCUGAUUGAUAAAUUGGUGGAGAACAACAUCCUCCUGAUAUUUGCUGUUACAAAAAAUCAGAUAAAUAAUUACAAGAACUAUGCAAAUCUCAUACCUGGUGCCACAGUUGGAGAAUUGGCAUCAGAUUCGAGAAACAUCCUGGAACUGAUUGUAACAGCUUACAAGGAGCUGCGCUCAGAAAUUGAACUUGAGGUCCUUGGAGACACACAGGAUCUUCAAAUGUCCUUUACAACCAUCUGUCCAAAUGGCACCGUCUUUCCUGAUCUAAAACAGUGCUCUAACAUCAAACCAGGCGAGACGGUUGUAUUUAACGUGUCUGUGGGAACCUCAGGAUGUGUGCCAGGAGUGCGGCACUUCUCCCUCAAACCAGUGGGCUUGCAGGACAGUCUGGAAGUGGAACUCGAGUCCCUUUGCUCUUGUGACUGCCAGCAGCCUCCUAUGGCAAACAGCAGCCAGUGCAGAGAAGGCCAAGGGGUUUACCACUGUGGCGUGUGCGUGUGUCAGCCAGGGUUUCUGGGAGCCCAGUGUGAAUGCAAUGAGGAGACCGCUUUGUUGAGUAACUGCCUCAUCUCUAAUGACUCUGAGAUAUGCAGUGGUCAAGGGGACUGUCACUGCGGGCAGUGUUUGUGUAAUGCAUCCAGCUUCGGCCGGAUCUACGGACCAUACUGUGAGUGUGAUAAUUACUCCUGUGUUCGCUUCCGAGGAGAACUCUGCGGAGGUCAUGGGGUGUGUGACUGCGGGGAGUGUCGCUGUGAAAGCGGCUGGACGGGAGAAUACUGCAACUGCAGCAGCAGCACCGAGGCAUGUAUGUCAGAGGACGGCAGCCUCUGCAGUGGCAGGGGGCAAUGCAAGUGUGGCCAGUGCAUCUGCUCUGUUCCUGGGGCGUCUGGUGUUAAAUGUGAAAGGUGUCUGACAUGCGGCGACUCCUGUAGCUCUGCAAUGAGCUGCGUGGAGUGCCAUCUGCUUGAGAAGGAUGACUUUGGGUUGUGUGAGCAAAACUGCAACGCUGCUAAAAUUUCCAUAAACACAACGGCAGAUUAUGACAAGAAGGCUUCCAUGGAAUGUACACUCAUGAUGGAGAAUGGGUGCAGGAUGGCGUUUUUUGUAAUAGAGGGUGAGACUGGAACCAUUGCCUACAAUCCACACAAGUAUGGAUGUCCAGAGCCACCCAACAUCCCUAUGAUUGUUCUGGGAGUCUCCCUCUCUGUUGUGUGUAUUGGUUUGAUUCUGUUGGCUGUGUGGAAAGCACUGGUGUCGGUCCACGACCGUAAAGAGGUGGCGAGGUUUGAGGCUGAGCGGGCAAAUGCAAAAUGGCAGACGGGGACCAACCCUCUGUUCAAAAGCUCCACAUCUACAUUUAAAAAUGUGACUUAUAAAAACACACAGAGAAAGGAAUGUACGAUAAAUCACUACUGAUGAUAAACUGGAGGCAUUGAAAGCCAUCAUCUGACUGUACCUCAGUGCAUAUGCAGCGCUUUUUAGAUACGUUGGUCUGAGAUUAAAAUGAAUAACUUUUUAUUCUGUUUUACAUCAUAGAUGAUGCAAGAUGGUAGAAAAUCAUGACAAAUGAAUUUCUGUUAAAGUGCACUGCUGGUAACAUACUGAAAGACACUAAAAGUCAAUGUUUCUGCUAUGUUAGCUUGGUAAAGAGGGACACACAUAAGUGGAUAACUACUGAAAAACGGAUUCAUUGAAAUGUUUGUAAAUAUUGUGUUUUUAUGUUUUAUUAUGUUUGUUGCUUUAUUAUAAAGCAAGGCUGAGCCUUUAAUAAUGCAAACUUUUGCGUUGUUUUUUUUUUGUUCUUUUAAAGGAAAACUAAUCAAGACUACUUCUUACUGUGAAUUACUUGAUAUGCAGUUUUGACUGAAUGUAUAUGCUUGUUAGUACUUGACAGCGACAAAAGGUAAAGUUUGAUCUUGUCAAACCAGCAAUGUUGUCCUAUUGUCUGGUCAUACUGCUGUUAAAAAGUUUAUAUAUUUAACGUUUUGAGUUUCUUUUAGCAUUUCAUUGUCCACUGAUUUUUUUUCACUGAUCUUGGAAUAGAUUUGUUUUCAAGGGACUUUAAUAUGUUAAUAUUUUUUUAGGAUUGUUUUUCUCUAAAUUAAGUUGUCUCUUCCUGUUAUUGCAUACAGCAAAUCUCAUGAACUCAUGACAUGUCGGUCAUUUAAAGUGCAAAAUAUGACCACUAUCCUACCACACUGCGUUAGUUAUAGAGCUAACUUUAGCCAUCAAUCCAUAACAUCCCAUAAAUUGUCAUCAAAUAACAGUUUUUUUUUUAAGAAAUUUGGUUGGCAAUAUAGCACAUACAUGGAAUAGAAUAUUUGAAGGUUCCGUUUUGAUAUAUCUAAAAUAUCAGACUCCUAUUCUUUUUUUUUAACCAAAUAUUUUAAUAGAAAUUAGAAACUAUUUUUGGUUUUUGAACAUAAUUCUAUGCAUAUUUAAAACAAAAGCUGAGGUGUCUCAACCUGAAAACCAUUUAUAGAAGGACUUUGGUGUGAUUCCCUCACAAUUAUUACAGCACAAGCUAAU